UGACACAAGUAUUUCGCUCGGUUUAAUCUGUUUUAGAUAAAUUAAGAAAAGAAAAGAAAAGCAAAUAAAAGAAAAAAAUAAAUAAAAUAAAUUUUGAAAAAAAAUGUCAUAUGUUGGGAACGCGUCAGAUUUGGAAUGCGAUAAAACGGAUUUUCAAAGAAACCGUCCUCCCAAUCUUGUUACAAAAAUGCAAGCACGUAAACUAUCUGCUGAACCGAAAUGGUCGACUAAAAGAGAUGAGGAUUCCGAUUCUGAAAUAUCAUCAAGUGAAAAUUUUUUAACUAAAGGUGCGUUCCUUUUAACUCCUUCGUACGAGUUAUCAAUGGAGCGCGCAGCUUUAAUAUGCGAAAAAAUGAGUUUCAAGGGCUGCUUUAGCUUAACGAAAACAGCAACUGGUAUACUUUUCAAGUUCUCACAUCCUGACGACUAUCAAGCGGUUUACAAGAAAGGUUUUCAUAAAGUCACAGGAGCAAGAUUCUAUCGUAAAAUUGCUAUUCCCUGUCGACCACGGAAGACAUUUACACUUUAUGUACUGGAUGUGCCGGAAGAUUUACCCGUUGAGGAUAUACGUCAUGCUUUGUAUAAAUUCGAAUCGGUUGUCGAAGUCGUACGAUUACAUAUAUGUCCUCAAGUAACAACUUCCCAUACAUCAGAAAAAGUGGCAGAAGGUUCGCCCACAAAAACUACUACUGAGGCUACUGAAAAAACUGAACGCAGCGAACGGCGAGAACCAUCUCCAGCAUUUAUACGCGUAACUCUAGCAUCUUUGGAUGAAUACAACAUACUUUUGCAAAAUGGUCUCAAUUUCUUUGAAGCAACUUUCUUUCCAACUGAAGCCAAUAUAUCACUAAAAGGAGCUAAAAUCGAGCACAAGCGAAGAAUGUUAGAUGGCAGUAUACCGGGGCGUGUACGUGAGCUGCUGCCUGUCUUCGAUGCGGCUGGCUUUUGUAAGCUGCCUCCACCCACAAGCAAACUAAUUAAGCCAUCUAGAAUGUGAGUUCAUUGUCGCGUAACAUUAAGUUCAAAAGCAACGGAAAUAAAUUUGUGAGACAUCAUGAAACCAAUUUGUUGACACAUACAAAAGCACACAUAAAUACAUACAUAAACAGACGCAUAUACACACACACACAAACACAAACA